AUGCUCCGGAACAAAUUAGAGGCGUCCAACGCUGAGAACCAGCACGUCAGGUUAAUGAACGUGUCAGAGCUCGAGAAAUGCCUCAAGGAAGCUCUGUACACGGACACCGUGGGAUGUCCAGAGUCGAUUCUCUACGACAUUUCCCAGGCGACCUACCACCCGGGAUUCCUCGACAGGAUCCUCAAGGCCAUCUGGAAGUGCAUCAACUCCAGAGCAUCCAAAGUGCGUCGCAUUCAAAAGGGAUUAUCGCUCCUCCAGUACCUCGUCAUCAACGGGUCUGAACGGUGCAUCAGCGACAUUCUGGUCCAUAUGGACGACAUUAACGCCCUGCACAAGCUCAAAUUCUCGCCUGCGAACAGGGAGAUUGGCGCUCUCAUCAAGGAAAAGGCGGUGAAGCUGACCUCGUUGAUUUGCGACACCGAGGCGCUGCAUGCAAAGCGCAAGUAUACUGCAUCAAUCCGAGACCGCUUCGUGUCUGUGGGAUCAAACAAUGGCAAGAUGGAGACUGACGUGCUACACAAACCAGUCUACGUUGUUGAUGAGGGGAAACCGGCGCCUGCACCCGAGUUUGUGCGCUCCCAAAUUGAUGUGCCUGAUAACCGCGGGUUCCUCUCGAGGCUUUUCAAGGGCAAGCAAAAGCCUGCUGUGGUAAAUGUUGGACUUUACGGACUCCCAGACGCUCAAGGAGGCAGGGGCGCCCUUUCAGGCCACAGCAGUGCAUACCCCGGUCUCGCUGGAUUGGGCGCCAGCUACGGCCAGGGUGGUUACAUGCAACAGCAACAACCACAACAGCCAGGCUAUGGCCACGCGGAUUAUAGACCUAGCGACGCCUAUUCCCAAGGAGGCUACACCCAUUUUAAUGAUCAUUACGGUGCCGACUACAGGCAACCUGACCACAGGAAUGUCGCCGACUAUCGGCAAGGGGAUCACGGGCAUGCAAGCGAGUAUAGGCAGGACGACUAUGGACGAACUCGCUACGUACAGAGCCAAGAUAGGCGACAGGUUCAUCAUGGAGGUUAUGGAAAUGGUCCAACCCGCAAGUCGUCUUUGGACUCUGGAUCGACAUUUAAAAAGUAUUCGAGUUCCUCUUCUUCCUCAUCAUCUAGUGACUCUGCUUCUUCAUAUGAUGAGCACAUCAAGCAUGGCAAGUACGUUUCGCGUGGUAGGCACAAGAGCGGUAAUCGGGAUAGACGAGUUGAGGAGGACUCUAUAAGGGAUGACUACGGGGACGUGUUUGAUGACUCUCCUGUCUUCCACUCGGCAGGACACCCCCAAAAUGAUCACUAUGUUCAUCGACCAGAUGAGGGCUACGCAGGCCAGUAUGGGCAUGGGCACUACUAUGGUCAAGACCACCAGUAUAGCCAAAAUCAGAGUUAUCCGCACUAUCCUCAUGAUCACCAGAGCCACCCACAAUACGCUCAUGACAGUCAUCAGUAUGAUCAUGACCACCACUAUGGUAGACCAGUGGGUGGACAUUAUGGUUACGGAGAUCCUGGUCACUAUGGGAAUAAAUACCUGGAGCCGCGAUAUGCGAGUACUCACCAGGAUAUGCCAAGCGUGCAUAGACAGUAUCUAUCGAGAGCAGAUGGGUCGAAUCCAUUUAAUAGAGGAUAA